AUUCUCGCUGCCUCUUUCUUCUCCUUCCUCCUCAUCCCUAGAUAUAUACCCAGCUCCUCUACCAAUUCCCAACCCGAGCUCUCGUCUUCACAGCUAAAGAUUAGAGAGGAAAGAUAGAGAGUAGAGGCUACUAGAGCACGGUCUUCGGAAAUACCCAUGGGCAACCACGCCUCGUGCAUUCCGCGGAGCACCAGACCGCGCACGGCCAAGCUGGUGGACGCCGAGGGGAACCUCCGGAGCGUCGAGAUUCCCGUCGGGGUGGCGGAGCUGAUGCUGGAGGCCCCCGGUCACGUGGUGGCGCGUGGUGAGGAGAUGGUGAGUACGCGACGCGUGUCCGGACUGCGGGCCGAUGAGGAGCUGCGGCCCGGGGAGGUGUACCUGCUGCUUCCGGUGGAACGGGUCGGCUCCAGGCUUUCCGAUCGGCAGAUGGCGGUCGUGGUCGAGGCCGUCGAAGGUGGGAGGAGGAAGGGGAAGAAGAGCUGUGGGUCUGCGAACCGGGUGUUCCCGGAGGCAGCCGGUAGGGAGGAGGAGGAGGAGAAGGGGUUUUUGGAACGGGAGGUCACCGGAUUUCCCGGUCAAAGGGUUGGCGGUUACCGGCCGUGGAGACCCGUGCUUGACACGAUCCACGAAUCCAAUUAGGGUUUCCGUCUUGGGUUUUCUUGCUUCCACUGUUACAACAUCACAAUGCAAAACAUUAGAGAUUUUGUAUUUUAUUUUGCACUCUUUUUGCAUUGCAAGUGUACAUAAGAUGCGAGCCCAAGUUAUAUUUCUUAUUUUGUUAGAACAAUGAGAGUUAACACGAGAAAUUAGGAACAUUGUUAUCAUAUACUUA